CCGUAGGAGUUUCUGAUUUUUGGUUUAGUUUUUGUUAUUUGAAUUUUUUGGUUUAUUGAAUUUGGCCGUGGCAAAAGCAUCCCGCUGACGCCCGAGUACUCAAAUUCGGAACUCUCCAAAGAACUAUCGAACGCAGGUCGUGUAAUCGUGGAAAAAUCAAUUAGAAAAAUACACCGAGGAGAGUCCUAUGACCUUUGUCAGUCGUUUGACGACAAAAAGUUUGUUAUCGAUAAGAACGGCAAGAUCUGCGAGCGUAAAAAGAAGGGCCGGUUGUACAGCUUGGGCGGGAACGAUCCGCCCCGGCGCUGCCACCGAGGUCGGCUGGACCGACUGAAGACGGUCGGGACGUUCGACAUUAGCAACGAGAUUUCGCGGCUCAGCCAGAAGACGAUGAACCUGAACGAGCGCAUCAUCGGUAACCAACCGUUUGUCCAAACCGUUGACGAGGCCGGUGCUACGUGUGCCAUCGGAAGUAUCGGUGCCGGGCUGGUCCCGUUCAUCGCGACCACCGCCUUUAGACCCGCGUUGAUCGCCAGCUCCGGCAACGGCACCACCGUCGGCGACAAGCCUCAACGACCCAACAACAACGGGCCACCACUGUUGCUGAAGCAGCAAACCGAAGUCAUCCACCUGUCGCCUCAUCACCUGAAUCAUCCUCUUCAGCCACUAAACCAGCAGCCGUUGGUCUUGCAGCAACAGCUCAAGACCACCACCAAAAGCCGAAGCCUAAGUACGGGUUCCUACAUUACUAAAGAAUCGAGUGUUCAUUCUAGCGUAGAGAAGAUUUCCAAAUCCAAUAGCAAUUCCGACCUGAACGAGAACGCGCAAAAGACGAUCGACACAAUUCCGAAGAACAAAUCCCUAGAAGAUAGUAGAACGAUAACGAAGCUCAAUCAAUCACGCUCGCCGAUGCGCAAACCGAUCCUGCGCAAGUCCAAGAAGAUCGUCCGCACCGACUCGGAGUUCCUCAAGGGCAACAUCUACGAGUCCAGCCUUUCGAGCUCGCAGUACACGCCGACGCACGAGAAGCGCCGGGAGUUUGCCGAGCUCCGCAGCAGCAAUCCAUCCUCGGAAACACACAAAUCGACCGACGAGAGUUCGAAAAACAUCUCGACGGACGAAAUCGACACCGUGUUCUCCGACACCAUCGAGCUGGAACAGAUGGAAGCCGACUACAAAAUGCACCUCAAGAACAACCUGCAGCGGGAAUACAAAAGCGACAGCGAUACGCUGGACGAAGUGGGCAAGAAGCAACCCGACUACAACACGUGGAAGAACCAAAGCUACGAAAACACCUUCGACAUCUUCGAGGAGAAAGAGCAGGAGUGCGAAUACAGCGAAACGUCGGACAAAGAGGACGCACAAAGCACAGAGCCAAGCACGAAGGUGGAAGCCGAACGGUCGAAAAGCAUGGAAGUCUCCGCACCUCGAAAAGCAAGCGAUAGCAGCAACCUCAAAGCGGGCAGAACAAUCACUCGUCCCACCGAACUUGAGUUGGGUACCUCGUCAGACGGUAGCAAGCAUCCUUCCGUUGACGGACCGUUCGGACACAUCUUCGAGAAAAAUCUAGGCCGUUUUAAAAAGAUGAACAAACUGCUCAAGUGCAAGCGAUUCAGUACAUCCGCCCUGUACGACAAAAAGUCCAAACCAAACUUUAAGGAAACGCUCUUCUUCGAAGAUAAAGCAUCUCCCGCCAAAACAAACACGACGGACGCAUCGCGAUCCCCCGAAAAAUCUCUCCAGUCCCAAUCGAAAGCAUCCAUCAGCUCAUCCAAGUCUUCCCUGUUCGGUACGAAAAAAAGCAACAUGUUCACCAAUCUCAAAAGCAAAAGGUUUCCAUUUUCGAGUGGUGCUAACGCGGCAAACGCCAACGCUAACGCCAAGACCUCCCCGAACAAAUCCAAGUCCAACAGCGAAAUCAGCUACUCCCGGACAAAGUCAACCAAAGGUUCAAAAAAAGCAGCCAAAAACAACAGCACCGCAUGUUUGAACCUCGAAACGACCUGCACGUCACCGCUGUCGGAAGCGUUCUACAACACCACCGGAAGUGUGCGGCUCAGCGCGAUGGAAUUGUACGAAAAGUUUUGCUCGCAAGACUUUAGCGGGCUCUACAAGCACGAGUCCAUUCGGAUGGACCAUGGGGACGGAGCGAACGGGUCCGACUGCGGCCAGUACGAUCCGCAGCGAAAUUUGGGUGCGAUCCGGAAGUACAAACGGAACAACUUCAAGUUGCUCCGGCAGAAAAGUGAGCCCAAGUUUUCGUUCCGUUCGGACACGCUGUACGAGAAUGAGGACAGCUACGAAGAGGCGUGCUAUCCGGACGAGGAAGCAAAGGAGGAGUACGUGGUGGAUGAGUACGGUCAGUUUAUGUACGAUGAGCAGUACUACGAGGAAGACAUUGAACAUUUGAGCAUAGAGAACAUCUACUACCGGGGGAACCUGGUUCGGGAGGAUGGAACCGUCGUGGAGACGUACCACUACGAAGAAGAAGUGGAUGAAGAAGAGUUGGAAGAAGAGGAAGAUGAAGAAGAAUACGAAGAGGAAGAAGAUGAGCAAGAGGAUUGCGAACAAGGUUUGGAGUUGGAUUCUCAAGGGUUGCAACCACCACAUGCCGAUAUGGCGGCUUCGACAGAUUCGGACUGUGACGAAAUCUACUUGAUGCCGCAGAAUGAGUCGAAGAAGCUGAUCAUUCACGAUUUCCUGUUCCAUCACAGUAACAACGAGUUUGAUAAUGCCGACGACGAAGAAGAGUAUGAAGGUGCGGUAACGAACGUGCAGGUUCACGAGCGGAGGAGGAGGAGCAAAGAUCAGGAAACGCUGACGAUCUACAAGAUCUGUUCGAAGGAGAGCAUCAUAGACUCGAAAGGUGAUUUAGACAAUAUUCCGCUGGGUUCGUCGCUCGAUUCGUAUUUCCUCAAAUCGGACUGUCUGACGGCGCUCGAGCGGACAGCCUCACUGGAGCUACUCAGCAAUUCCAGCGGAACCCUGAACAAGUCAACGUUAACCGAUUACGCAUUUGAUACUGUUAAAAAUGUAAACCUAGAUAGUUGUAGCACGUCGAGACUGAGCUUAUCGUUGAAAAGCGAAAUCUUUGAAGAAACACUAGCGAACGCCGCCGCUGACAGUGGCUCCGGUGAGAUCAAACCAAUCAAGAACUGGAACAUCGAAGACUUUACCCUGACACCGGACGGAUCGUUCUCGGACGAAACGAUGGACGAGCUGAUAAAGUCCCACAUGGCGGACGACGGGGAGAAGAGAUCGCCAACGGAGCCAAACGAUACCAGUACGGUACCGGUGGUAGAAACGACUCCUCCGGAUCCGUCGAAUCCAGCGACAAGCGAGUACACCAUAAUCGAUUUGGACGAGGAGCCGUACCUGCUGGAUCCAACGAUCUCGGACUUUACCAACGAGAUCACGAAGGAGUUUGAUCUGCUGUUCUCCCGAGCGGAAACCGAAUCCAGAGUUGCCAGCUAUUCCGGCAGUCCCGAACACGAAGACGAUGGCGACGAGGAGAUCCCACAGGAGAACCCACUGACACAGUGCCAGUUCGAUCAGCUGCUCGGAGUAGCUCGACCGUCGCUGAUCGAACUACCCACGCGCCACUCGAUGCAAAAGCUGGAACCCAUUAAUCUAGACGCUGAUGAGAUAACCAUAACAAGACACACCGAGGACCAACUCAAUACGCAACACGAUAGUGCCAAAGCAGUAGCUGUAGAUAACAACAACAAGUGUAGUAAGGUAGAUAAGCAUAAACCUGCGGACGACGAUCGGAGGACGAUGACGAGCAGCUCAACGACGGCAACGGUGAGCUCAGUCUCGAGCAGCGAUCGUUUACGGAAGGCUCGAAGUCAAUCCCUGGGUAACCUUAAGAAUAAAACCAAAUGUUUUCCAUUAUAGAAGCUAAGAAACGCUGUAAUUAGUCGACUAGUGGUAUAGGGACGGUGGGACGGGUUUUUCGUUUCGUUUUUUGGUAACUUCGGCUCACCACUCUUUUGUUCGUUGUUAGUAGUGCGUUAGUGGUUAUUAUAUUAUUAUAAAUAUAUACAUACUAUAUAGAAACCGUUAAGAGAGACCCGUUAAAGACGAUGUAAAAUGCAGAACAUGUGUAUUCUAGCCAAAUCUUGAAUGGAGAAGAAUCUACUAUUUCGUACCAAUGCGAAACACCCUUUUUAUACGUUGGUAAACUCUACUAGUGAUAGUUAUAUAUAAAAGAAAAAAAAACAGAACCUCACCUCUCAUUUCGAUUGUUGUACAGAAAAAUAUGUAUAGAAGACAAACACGGAUCUUCAGCUCAUCUCCAUCAUCAAACCCGAAAGGAAAAAAAAAACAAUUGUAAAUUAAAACCAAGAAAAGAUGACAUGUUCUAAAACUCAAUUAGCUAAACAAAAUUGAUAAGAAUGUGUAGAACACUUCUUUCGAAAUCCCUAAAAUUAAGGCGAAAACAUUACAAGACACGUACACACACACAAAAACACACACCCCAUUUAGUACACGCGCACACGUACUCACACUCACACCAUUACACAUACAAAAAACACCCACACAAAAGAACAAAAACGUACAUUUAUACAUAUUCCAUUUGUUGAUUACUAUAUAUAUUUUUCGAAGGAGACGUUUAUUGUGGAUGUAAACCCAAGUGAGAAAGAGACACAGUUUAUCUUAAAACGACAAAAAAAAUAGCAAAAGGAGUAAACAAAAUAUUGGAUUAAAAUAGACUUCCUAUAGCGAAAACCAAAAAAAAAAAAGAAGAAAAGAAUUAAAGUUUUAUAUUACUUUGUAAAGCAAACGUCGCGGAAAGAAUAAAAUAAAUAAAACAAAAGUGUGAUACAGUGAAAGAAAACAGUGGUUAAUUGUUGUAAUGUAAUACGCAAGGUCUUGAAAAGGCCAUAAUUAUUAAUUGGUUGGAUGUAAUAUUUAUAUAGGACGAAACAAAUCCAACUCGGUGUUGUUUGCUCGCAUCAUUAUUAUAAUUCUAAAUACACACAUGCAGACAUAAACACGCAUUGAGAACAAAUUAUGCGAAAAAUGAAAGUUAACUUUUGUACCACAUCUUUAAGAGAAUCCGAUAUUUUUAUAUAAAUCGCUUUUAACUACUUCUACAGAAGGUUACUCUCUCAGCAAAGCUCGUAGUUUUCUAAAACAAAAAACGUAGUAAAUAAAUUUUAUACAAUAUACAAUUUUAAAAGAAACAAAACCAAACAUCACAUUUAGAUUAUCCUUCGAGAUGGCCUUAAAUUUGAAGGACUUCAGAACUUUGCACUGGCCGGCCCACGCCAGUGACUUUGUUGAUCAUUCUAAAUUUCUUCACUCAAGCGACCAAAACUCGUUUUUUAAACUUGCGUAAUAAUAAAAAAAAAAUGCUACCGAAAGUCAAAGAAACCUUUUAAAAGUCAACCGAAGCCAAAGCUCAAACACUAUCUCAAUUUAUUCGAAAUUUCAGAUAUACUUUCAAUCAUUAGAUCAUCUUGAUAAAAUCAAAAAAACUUUACUCGAUUCCUUCCUUCUAGAAUAUUUCACUAGAAAAGAAACCAAAAAAAGAGCAAAUAACGCCGAGUUUCCAAUCCACCAUUAUUGUUGUCAUGAUAUAAUUGUCACUCAACGUUUUUUAUAUGGACAGGGAAAAUAUGAAGCCCGGAAAUUUUGUGCAACUAUAAGUUACACGUCCAAUUUGUACUAUCCUGAGCACAGAAACAUCAAAGAAAAACCUAUCAUGCAGAAGAGAACUUUUCGUACCGAUUUCUUUUCCAACUGUUAGGUUAGAAUUAGCGACAGAAACAACCAAAACAAAAAGCAAACAAAAAUCGUACCGAGAAAAAAUGCCACAAUCCGAGGGCAUUUAGCAUCCAUCAGUGUGAUUUGUACAAGCGUUCAUGUAAAGUUUCUUGUGUAAUUAGUGAAGGCGAGACGGUUGCACAAAAGAAAGUCACUAUAUGAUUGUUGUUAAAUGUUUUAUAUUUUUGUACUAUUGGAAUUUGUGCAAGAAACGUUCACGUGGAGAACACGCGAAACACUAAUUUAAUCAAUCCCAACAGAGUAAAGCUUGUUAUUGUUAUACCCGUUUAUUGUAAAAUUUAUUCAUAUUGUUUAAAAACCAGCAUAAAACCCGGUUAUCAUUGUUGUACUCUGUGAGAAAAUUAUUAUACAUUUUGUUUCUUUACCCAGAAAAUAAACUGUACUGGAAUAACCGUAACCAAUCAAGCAAAUAACGUAACAAAACGAAACCAAAAAAGCAAAUCUCAAAAAAAUAUACAAGCUUAAAAAUCAUAUAUUUUUCCCGUACGAUCGUUCGAACCAGCUCGAAUGUCCAAGCAUGUUGAUCAUUUUUUUUUUAAACGGGAGGCAGAACAUUUAAACAAAACCGGAAUGAGCAAGUAACGUUUUAUUUGAAGAGAAACUACAAAACGCAUAAAGCAAAAAACUCGAUAUGAAAAAUUCCUUUGUUACAUUUAUAACUAGGUGAAAAUAAAACAAACAAUAUUUUUAUAGCAAAUAAAGAAACAUGUAAACCACAAA